CCAAUUUUUGGAUAGGAAAUAAAUAAAGAAAUAAAAUUUCCUUAUAGAUAUUAAUUUGGGAAUAUUGUGAUUAGGUCCUUGAUUGCCCCGUGAUCCUAGCACUUGGAUUAAGCCUUUUGUCUGCGUGAUUAAGGUUUAAAUGGAUUUAUUUGCAUUUGAGCAUGAUUAAAAAGGGAAUUUGAACUUUUAUUAUUUUCCUUCUUUUCUAGAAUUGAGCAUGCCCACAUGAGAUUCUUCGGUUUAUUUUUGAAAGUGAGAACGAUUGUGAAUUUCGGUUUUGUUUGUAAAGUUUGCUUGGUUUUGUCUCCAAUAUGGUCGUGUUAAUUGUGUGCCCGCUAGUGGGAGGUUACAAACGCUAGCACAUGUCGACAUGUUCGUGAUAGAACCGGUUCACUCGUGGCCCUACUAGUGGGGAUUAUACACUAGUACUCGUGUGCCUGCCAGUGGGAGGUUUAUAACACUGGCCAUGACUAAUAGAGGAGACCACUACGUGAUUUUAUUUUGCAUUGAUGAUUUGUUAUUAAAACGCUUUGUUCUUGAAACGCUCUGUUCAUGUUUCAACCGAUUAUUUGGCAUGCUUUAAACUUUGAUGUCGGGCCCCCAUGUUUACUUACUGAGAUAUUUCUAUCUCACGGUUUCCUUGUCCACCAUUUCAGGUAGUGAGACCCGACGCGUGGGAAGCCCGGGGGAGUGACAAGCUAGACGGCUAGGCACUUUUGGACUUAGGUUUUUGUAGCUAAGCCGUUAGUCACCCAUGCUUGACAUAGAAAAUUUUGUGUACAGAAUUUAGUGUUAGUCAUGAUUGUAUAUAUGAAGUGAUAAAUUUUGUACAUUCGACUGGUAACUAUUUGGUAGAUUAAAAGGCUUAAAUUUGAAUUGCUAAGUAAGAACUCAGUAGGUCUCGAGCCUUGUGCAUUUGUGGGCUCCGCUCACGAGUGCACGGCGUCUGCCACGACCCCGGAUUUGGGUUCUAGG